CUGUCUCCACGUAGCUCAACCCUUUGAUUUAGCGGUCCUAAUUAACUCUUUGUUUCUUCGCGCUGAACUUGUUUACUUCUCUCGUUGGCAAUCGGAUGUUUUACAUGUCUUUUUAACCUCAUUUUAGCUUCGGAUUUAAUCUACCCUACAUUUUAAAUCCUGGUAUUUGUGUUUUUACCCGACUAUUUUUCAAUCUUACCUCGCACAAUGAUGCCUAAUGAAGACAGACUGGCUGCUUUGAACGCGAAAUCCGUGGACUUUAUUGAUCAAAGAGGCGCUCAUUGCAUACAAGAGAACGGUCAGCGGAAAUACGGUGGACCUCCACCAGGAUGGGAGGGUCCUCCACCCCCCAAAGGCACCGAAGUUCACGUCUCAGAGUUGCCCCAAGAUUGCUUCGAGUUCGAACUGAUUCCGUUGUUCGAGAAAGUCGGUCGCAUUUACGAAACUCGGCUUAUGAUGGAGUUCAAUAGCUACAAUAAAGGAUACUGUUUUAUCCGCUAUGCGACCGUGGCCGAAGCCAAGAUGGCCAUCAGUGUUUUUAACGAUUACGAAAUUCGGCCGGGUCAUAAGAUUUCGGUGGCCAUUUCCGUUGAUAACUGCAGACUUUUUCUGGGCGGAAUCCCGAAUGACAAAACGCGCGAGGAGGUCAUGCAGUUGCUCUCGAAUAGUGUGUCCGGGUUGAAGGACGUUAUUCUAUACAAGAACGUGAGUAAUCGCAAGAAGAAUCGAGGUUUCUGCUUUUUGGAGUUUCACAACCACCGUCAAGCUGCCAUCGCCAGACGACACAUGAUCCCGGAGAAGGUUGGAUAUUGGGGCCGACAUCUCAUCGUUGAUUGGGCUGAGCCGGAACCUGAUUUCAUCGAGGAUGACGAACUUGUCAAGAUGACGGACUUGUACGUGCGAAAUUUAGCCGACGAGACGACCGAGGAGCGUUUGAAACAGAUCAUAGCCAAUAUAGUGCCUCUGCAAUAUGUGACCCGCAUUAAAAAAGUGAAAGAUUUCGCUUUUGUUCAUUUCAGCUGUAAGAAAGCCGCCGAUAAAGUGCUUCAAGAACUAGAUGGUCGAGUCAUCGAUGGCGAAGUAGUUUCGGUGGUCUGGAAGCGGCCGUCGAAGGAGAGUCGUGAAAAUUGGUUGAGUCGCAUCAAGUACAACAGUCGCCCCAAGAGGAACCUGACGAGCCAGCGGCUCCCUGACAAGCAUCAAUUAAAUGAGAUUUACCAGCAGCAGUUGCAGUUGCAAUCGUCACCCCGAUCCACAGCCAGCGACGAGCUAAACAACAAUAGAAGGUCGCCCCAGAAAAGCAGCUCUUGCGAAAAGCAUGAUUCCUCCAAAUUGAACUACGAUGUCAACUUGACCGAGCGACGCAAGAAAAAAACCAAGCCGUCAAAUCUGGCUCUCCAUAAUGUGAAGUGCACUGCGUGUGCAAUGAACGGCGUGCCUCCGUCACUGGAUACCAGUUUCUCCUACUUAACCCUCGGUGAGUUCUCUCUCCACACAUUGAAUCAGUCGCGAUAA